AUGAACGGACCCUCAGCACGGGCCUUACGCGAGGGUGGCAUGGGAGGUUCGAUCCCCUACAAGGUAGGGGUCACACUCCAGGUGAAGCCAAAGGACAGCGGUCCCAUCCCGAAGGAGUGGCUGAGGAAGACCACCUUACAGGCACCAUUUGGCGACUUCGGCCAAAUUCUUCGGAUCGACGUCUCCGAGACGCAGAGGUGCGCUUACGUCGAGUACGAGGAUCCGAGGGAUGCGCAGGAUGCUCAGAAAGACCUAGAUGGGAAGCGUAUAGCUGGCAAAGAGGUUUCUGUGCUCCUCGCUGGCCAAACUCCGAACCGUCGGCCGGGUAGUAGCCCGAUGCCGGUGGCCGUCCCUGAAAGAGCCGUAGACAUCGAGCAGAGGGUAGCAGAGAUGGCCAUGAAGCAUUUCUUAGACGAAGCUGCAGCUGCUCGGCUUGCCAGUGUCUUCCAGGACCGGUCACGGUUGGGCUGCAACUUGGCCCGGGACUUUCAGGACUUGGACGAACACCUCUCGGCCUCGAACAAGCCUUCGGCGCUCGUGAGCAUGAAGCUCUCUGAGCUUCGAUCGGGGCGACCCAUCGGCCCCUGCAAGUACCAGGGCGGCAAGAAGCGAAACAUUGGCGACGCCAUCGACCCGGAGAUUCGCGCCAGCUACCAGAGCAGCAACUACUUCGGUGAGAAGGACGACGAACCGCCACAUCGUGAGGCCCGGGAUCGAGAUCGGGAGCGGGAGCGGAGCGAGCGUCGUGACCGCGGCAGGGACAAGGAACGGAGCAGGCGUGGACCUGAGGGUGCCAGGCACAGAAGAUAA